AUGAAUCACAGGUACCUCUUGCGCGCCGCGAAGGGCGGAAAGUCGCUGAUCGAAGUGGACGCUGCGCUGGACGACAAGUUUUGGGAGGACUGGGCCGUAGCUCGAAGGAUGUUUGCCCGUGGAUCGAAUUUGUCUCAAGCCUACGGGGUCAGUGCGCUGGAGAUCAUGGCGUUGCGUCUUGUGGGUUAUGACAACUUGUAUGUGACCAGAAGGGAGGUUUACAACCUGCGCUUGCUCGUACAUCACUUUCGCGGGACCGAUUGGGCCAAGCAUGUUGUGCCCUUUUUGGGGUUCCGCAUCCUGAGCUCUUGCCCCGUGGCCACAAAUCAGUACAACACAUUCGCCAUCAGCGAGGCUGGGCAGCUUGCCGGCUUCAGCACGAAAACGGAGGAUCUGCCGCCCGACCUCGGUACAGUUAUGGCAGUGGCUGUCGGAGGAGCACCGGGUUUCGGACAUCACACCUGUGCCGUGAAGGCGAGUGGCGAGCUGGUUUGCUUCGAAGGCAAUCGGUGUGGUCAGUGCGAGGUGCCUCCCGACCUUGGUCCGGUGGUGGCCGUGGCUGCCGGAGUGCUUCACACCUGUGCUGUGGAGGCGAGUGGCGAGCUGCUUUGCUUCGGAUUCAAUCAGUUUGGUCAGUGCCAUGUGCCUCUCGACCUCGGUCCGGUGGUGGCCGUGGCUGCCGGAAGAGCCCACACCUGUGCCGUGAAGGCGAGUGGCGAGCGGGUUUGCUUCGAAGGCAAUCGGUGUGGUCAGUGCGAGGUGCCUCCCGACCUUGGUCCGGUGGUGGCCGUGGCUGCCGGAGUGCUUCACACCUGUGCUGUGGAGGCGAGUGGCGAGCUGCUUUGCUUCGGAUUCAAUCAGUUUGGUCAGUGCCAUGUGCCUCUCGACCUCGGCGAGUGGCGAGCUGGUUGCUUCGGAUUCAAUCAGUUUGGUCAGUGCCAUGUGCCUCUCGACCUCGGUCCGGUGGUGGCCGUGGCUGCCGGAAGAGCCCACACCUGUGCCGUGAAGGCGAGUGGCGAGCUGGUUUGCUUCGAAGGCAAUCGGUGUGGUCAGUGCGAGGUGCCUCCCGACCUUGGUCCGGUGGUGGCCGUGGCUGCCGGAGUGCUUCACACCUGUGCUGUGGAGGCGAGUGGCGAGCUGCUUUGCUUCGGAUUCAAUCAGUUUGGUCAGUGCCAUGUGCCUCUCGACCUCGGCGAGUGGCGAGCUGUUUGCUUCGGAUUCAAUCAGUUUGGUCAGUGCCAUGUGCCUCUCGACCUCGGUCCGGUGGUGGCCGUGGCUGCCGGAGCCCACACCUGUGCGUGCGAGUGCUUUGCUUCGGAUUCAAUCAGUUUGGUCAGUGCCAUGUGCCUCUCGACCUGGUCCGGUGGUGGCCGUGGCUGCCGGAGUGCUUCACACCUGUGCUGUGAGGCGAGUGGCGAGCUGCUUUGCUUCGGAUUCAAUCAGUUUGGUCAGUGCCAUGUGCCUCUCGACCUCGGUCCGGUGGUGGCCGUGGCUGCCGGAAGAGCCCACACCUGUGCCGUGAAGGCGAGUGGCGAGCUGGUUUGCUUCGAAGGCAAUCGGUGUGGUCAGUGCGAGGUGCCUCCCGACCUUGGUCCGGUGGCCGUGGCUGCCGGAGUGCUUCACACCUGUGCUGUGGAGGCGAGUGGCGAGCUGCUUUGCUUCGGAUUCAAUCAGUUUGGUCAGUGCCAUGUGCCUCUCGACCUCGGUCCGGUGGUGGCCGUGGCUGCCGGAAGAGCCCACACCUGUGCCGUGAAGGCGAGUGGCGAGCUGGUUUGCUUCGAAGGCAAUCGGUGUGGUCAGUGCGAGGUGCCUCCCGACCUUGGUCCGGUGGUGGCCGUGGCUGCUGGAGGAGCAUAUCACACCUGUGCCGUGAAGGCGAGUGGCGAGCUGGUUUGCUUCGGAGACAAUCGGUGUGGUCAGUGCGACGUGCCGCCAGGCUUCAAGGUUCGGCUUGCUCCACAGUCCAUCCGUGCACCCACCCGCGAUCCAAUGCAGGAGGUGCUGCAGCCCGUGCAUCACGACGAGCCUGCCGCUGACAUCUCGGAAGAGGAGGGCGCUGCAAUCGUGGCGGAACAGGAGAUAACAGGAGGACUCACUCGGGUGGUGCAUUUGACCUUGAGCCGCUCGCAUCGCCAGCUGGACGAAGAUUUGGAGCAUUCUCUGGCCUUGCAGCCAUGUCGGCAGGCCUUGCAGGACGCAGGCUUGCACUGGCGUUUGCAGCCCUCUGGCGCCAAACUCUUCAUGGAGCCUAUCUGCUUCCGCGCAAUCUGCAGCCAUCUGUCCACCAUGCGGUUGAGGCCUUGCGACAUUUUCGUCGCCGAAAACCUAGAGGAAGAGGUCAGGCGAGUGAUCCGGCAGAUGCCCAGCAGCCUUUGCGUGUUUCCAAGAAGCUCUCAGAACAUCGGCUUCGCGGACGAAGAUGGGGAAGUGUUGCUGGUCAGCCGCUCCUUCCUGAACAUUCCCGCAAUGACGCUCGUCAAUCCGGCCCUGGAAGAUGAGGGCUUGGACUGGCGUUUGCAGCCUUCCGGCUCCAAGAUCUUCAUGGAGCCCUGGUGCCUCCGUGCCAUCCGCUGCCAUCUGUUCAGCAUGCAGCUGAGGCCCUGUGACGUCCUGGUCGCGGAAAACCUGGAGGAAGAGGUGCUGCAGGUGGUCCGGCAGCUCCCCUACAGCCUGCGUGUAUUCCCAAGAAGCUCCCGAGACAUCGGCUUCGCAGAUGAAGAUGGGGAAGUGGUGCUGGUCAGCCGCUCUUUCUUGAAUAUCCCUUCCGGGAUGUUGCUCAGUCCAGCCUCCGUGGCGCAGUCCACGACAGAGGCACGCACGGCUCAUGGAAACCACGGCACGAACCCACGCAGAUUCCAACCGCAUAGGGCAUACCAAUUUUAA